AUGCGCCUUGCUACCACCUUGAGGCUUGACAGAGGAAUAUAUGAGCCCCUUUUUCCGCGUUGCCAGCGACCUCCAACCAAGUUUGAUGAAGGAGGACGAAGGGGUGACAGCCCUUCCUCUUCAUCAUCUGGAGAUGACAAGCCUUAUACUUCAAGGAGGCAGGAAGAAAAAAGGGGAGAGAGUCCUCCCUUUACUUCUUCUUCUUCUUCUUCUGAAGACGAUGAGCCUUCUUCCACUAUGAGGCAGCAAAACGGACGGGUUGAGAGCCCUUCGUCAUCCUCUUCUGAUGACGAAGAAGAGCCUUCUACCAAAAGCAGGCAGCAAGGACAAAGGGGUUUGAGGCCUUUGUCUUUUGCAGACAUGCGCCUUUCUACCACCUUGAGGCUUGACAGAGGAAUAUAUGAGCCCCUUUUUCCCUGCGUUGCCAGAGAACUUCCUUCUAAGUUGAUGCAGGACAGAGAAAGUGGUUACAACCCUUCCUCAUCAUCUGGAGACGACGAGCCUUCUGCUACAAGGAGGCAGCAAGAAAAAAGGGGUGAGAGCCCUUUUUCUUCUUCUGUAGACAGCAAGCCUUCUACUACAAGAAGGCGGCAAAAAAGAAAGGCUAGAAGAAGGGCUAAGAGCCCUUCGUCUUCAUUGCCUGAAGACGGCAAGCCUUCAACCACAAGGAGGCACCGAAAAAGAAGGGUUAAGAGACCUUCGUCAUCCUCUUCUGGAGACAAAGAGCCUUCUACUGCAAGGACGCAGCAAGAAAGAAUGGCUAAUAGACUUAUCCUACCUAAACCCAUCUAUCUGAGCGAGGAAAAAAUACGGGAGUAUGGAGAGCAAUAUAGACAGAUGUGUGAGAGAGAGAGGCAGCGAGUUGAAAGGGAAAAAGAGGAGACAGAAAGACAGGAGCAGGAGAAAAGAGAGAGGGAAGAGAGGGACGAGAGGGAGAAAAUUGAAAGAGAAAAGCAGCGUUUGGAGGAGGAGAGAAAAAUGGAGAGGUGUGAAAAGAAGGAGAGGAAAACCUUCGGUCUGCUUUCCAGAAUAUAUCUUUGGUGGCUCAAUGGCGAGAUAAAAACCUUAGACAGAGGAAUCACAUCAGCCACUGUGGAUGAGCGCAACCUCCUGAGUCAUGGUCCCCCGAGAAAUCCAAGCAAGAAGGCAGAAUUAGAAAGGCUGCUUGACCGAAAGAGGGAGCUGCUCAUGUCCAGACGCAGAGCAGAAUAUAAGGUGGAGAGGGAAGUGAGGAAGCAAAGACAGAAGAUAGAAGGGAAGGAACAAAAUGUGAAAAAGAUGCUUAACAUCUCUGAGGCAUGCCGCAUCUCUGAGCGCCCUGAUUUUCGGCCCAGGCCAACGCCCGCCAGGUCAAGCAACCUUGGACUUGGUAGUUAUAUCACGCUUGGGCGCCAAUACCAUUUGCGCUACAGAGCUCAAGCACCAACAGAAUAAUAACGUUCAUCUCCUCUCAUAAAAAUCAAAAUUCCCAAAAAAUUAUUUAAAAAAACUUAAUUAUUAAAAAAAUAAAAUAAAUAAAUAGUAAAAAAAUUAAAAUUAUCAGUCAAUCCAUAAGCAAGACAUACGUUUGUAGUCUUUUUUUUAAGUCUUGCUGCUCCCUUGGUUCCCUUGAAACUAUUCAACAAUUGGCUACUUUUCUCCCUCAAAAAAUAUAAGCGAUAUCAAUUCAAAUAUGACCAAUUACCAAUGUAUGUGCGCAUGCUGAGGGUUGCUAUGUAAGUAUGGGUUGCCUCUCCACUGCGCAAUACCUCAGUGACCGGUAAGUAUUCCUGCAACCGGGGUCAGCCUGGACAAAGCCCAGCUGUUUGUGGAAAUCCUCCCACACAGCAGCAGUUUGUGUGUUUGGUGUGUUUUUGUUUUUUUGUCUGUCUGUGUUUCUGUUCCCGCCUGCAUGUUCCACAGACUGUGGACCCCCCCACCCCCCCGUCGACUCUCCCUACACCUGGCACCAUUUCCUAUCAGCACACGUACUAAUGGAGUUCAGCGUAAGUUCAAGACUUUAACCCUUGUGUUGUCUUCCCGUCAACACCCAUGGUUUUUUAGUCAACACUAUUCUCGCUUUUUCUGACAUUUUUGUCACUUUUUCAAUGUUUUGGGUGCAUUUUUUCAAGUUAUUUAAUAUUUCUAAUGUUGACAUUUUCAGCUUAUUUUGGGGGCCCAUUUUUUGUGAUGAAAAAAACUUUGUUUUCACUUUUCAGUUAAACCAUUCAGAUUCAGAAUGUCUUUUACAUCCCAAUCACAGCAUGACAUCCCUGUUUUAAAUCUGGUGUCUCCUCUGCGGUUGUCAGUUGUCAUUUCAGGACUAGAGUGCAAACUUUUACCUUCACUUCAUUUUCUGGGCCUGUGUCUCAUGGUGGAAGCCGCUGUUGUCGAUCUCAGAGGAAAAUGCUCUUUUCUCACGACUGUUUUGACCGCAUCAAAUCACCUACAUGCAUGUAUAUGUGUUGAUGGUUGUUGGUGCAGCUAAUGGACACAUGAUUCUUGCACGUUCAUUAGAAGAGAUUGUGAUUAAUGACCUUUUCAUCACUGGGAAUUCAACAGUAGGCUACAGACGGUGUAUAGUAUAAGAGGGCUUCAGCUUGUCUGUGUUUAAGUCCGUUCAGCAGCCCGUCAGUGGCCAAAUUUAAGAAUAUUCUCAGUGAUUCUUGGCUUUAUUGUUUACAUGAUGUCUUGUCAUUGUUGCUGACUUUCUACAAUUUUAAUUGAUUGGCUUAUCUGACAGACUGCAGUCGCUUCAUUACACAUCACAUACCUGGGAAAGCCAAUGCUGUGGUGGCCUGCUUUAUCAGUUGCACAGAAUACAUACUGUAUACAGUACUACAUCUGUGCAGCGUCUGCAAUCACAGAUGUCUGGCUAUGCAUGGAACCUGUGGUAGGUCUUGUUUCAUGAUCAAUACGGUAUUUUACUCACCUUGGCUGUCUUCGGCUGUUGGUUGUGCGUCAUUCACCUUGAGUAGGCUCCCUGAUUUCGUUGCCAUGCAGGCACACUUUGCUCUUUUUAAAUCUGUGAUACUAGUCUACUUAUUGCUUAUGGCAUCACAUAGUCUUACCUAUGGGAUAACGUCUAUGCAAACCCGAGACCCUGGAACCAUAACAUUUUGGUAAGUAUACAAAAAACUGAUGGUGGUGUAUUGCAUCGUUACUAUGAUGUUUCUCACUUUUACAGUUUUAAUUUUCACCGACUUCAUUGCCGAGAUUUAAUUUGAACCAGCCUUUUGAUAACUACACCUUCUCGUUUACUGUACAGAUCCAUGGGGCCUAUUGGGGUAUGUACAGUAUGUGCCUGACUCGUCUUCACUAAGUCUCGGAAUUUUUGGGGCAUAUGUCUGGGUUUCACUACCCCUAAUCUCCAAAUACUUUGCACAUUUCAUAUUUUGGUCAUGUAAUUUACAGUAAAUCUUUUCAUAAUUGCAA